AUGGCUGGUGUAGGCCUCAAGCCUAUUAGCUCUCACAUGGAAAAGUACCUUGCUGGAGAAAUGCUUUUUGAUCAAAAAUUUGAGAUGCUUCCUGGUGGCAUCAAGCUGUUUCCUGGAGUGAAGGCACUAGAUGUCUUAGACUUAAAAGAAAAACUUGUCAUUCGUUCAAGUGAUGUAUUUGUCACCUCCUAUGUGAGGAGUGGAACAAAUUGGAUUAUGUACAUUGUGCUGUUAAUAGCUAAUGGUGGAACACCUCUUGAAAAAGACUUGGAUAGCAUAGCACCUUGCAUUGACAUCAUGAAACUUAUUGAAGUUGAAGCAAUGGAAUCUCCACGAUAUAUGAAACAUCAUUAUCCUUAUGAUCAUGUUGCUGGUGGUCCUCCACAUCAAAGUCCAGCUAAAUACAUAUACUCCUAUAGGAAUCCAAGAGAUGUUGCUGUGUCCUGGUAUUUGGUUGAAAAGCAGUUUGCACACAAAUCUCCUCUUACAUGGAGUAAAUAUCUUGAUGAUUUUGUUGAUGGUAAUGUUGUUUAUGGUAGCCCAUUGGAUAAUAUAAGAGGCUGGUGGGAUCAUAAAGAUUCUCCUAAUAUCCUGAUGCUGUCUUAUGAGAGGAUGAAGAAGGAUCCAGUAGGAGCUGUACAAUCAAUCAGUACAUUCUUGGGAUAUCAAUUGAGUCAAAAGCUAAUUGAAGAGAUAGCUGCAAACUCAAGAAUUGAUAAAAUGAAAAUGAAUCUUGAGUCUUUUAACAGUGCCUUGACAAAAUACAAAUUUGUUCGUAAAGGGGCUGUAGGGGAAUGGCACAAUUAUUUUGGUCCUGAAGAUAUUGAGAAGUUAGAUGCUGCAGUGAAGGAGAAGCUUGGUGAAACUGACAUUGUGUUUGACUACGGAGACACUAUUGGUGCAUGA